UGCUCUCUUCAUUUUGCAGGAAAGAAAAGCAUCAUCUGCCUGUAUCGGAUGACGAAGUCUGGUGGCUGAAGAAUAUUGCCAAAGAUAGGAAAAUCUCGCUAAAAUGAUUGAAACUGGAAUAAGGGCUUCCUUAGCUAAUCUGUCUGAGUCAUUCACAUAACAGCUUAGAGGGUUUUUAGUUGCACAAGAAGCAUUGUUUGGCCUAUUGAUCUUAGCUUUACUGCAAUUUUCAUCCUGUAUUCACUUUACAGCAUACGAGAAACACCGUCCACCAGCAUCUGACGAUGAGGUCUGGAGAUUGGAAAAUAUCGCAAAGGAUGGACCAUUUCACAAACGGCUGAUUGAAGCAGGAAUACAUAGGGUGGAAGAGUUUUUACGACAACACUCCAUGGACUCUGAGAAACUGAGAAUUAUUCUUGGAAAGGGCAUGAGAGAGGAGAAGUGGAAAGCCCUCCUAAAUCAUGCAAGAACUUGCACUUCGAAUGGGAAACUCUACGUGUACUAUCACGAUAAUGCAAGUGAUCACGGUGUUAUAUUCAACAAUGUUGGUCAACUCAGUGGCCUUACUACGGACGGGGUGUAUUAUGCUGCUGACAUAUUUUCUCCCCAGCAGAAGGUCUGUGCUGAUAAAUUGGUGAAAAAGGCCUAUGAGAAUUGGAAUGAUGUCACACGAUACGAAGCUGAGGCUUUUUCAAGUUCCAUGUCAGAAAAUAUCUCGUGUUCUUUUCUGUGUGAAGUUCUAGGAGAUCAACAAUGCCUCCAUCCAGCUCCCAACAAUACGCCUCCACCGAGAUUGGGCAGUCAUGUUGGUUUGGUAGUACCUCCUAGAACUUCAGCAUCCACAGUGGAAGGAAACCGGCGCAUUACUGCUGCUCAAUUGCUAAUACGAUCACAAAGUCUCAAUCCCCAAAAUGCCACGUUGAACCAAAUGGAGCCUUCAGCAGAUACAAAUGUACAGCCAUUAGGACAACUGCACUGGUCAACAUCAGGCUUCCCAGCUUUAAGAAACAGUGGUAGUACUGCUGCUCGAUUGCCAAUACAACCACAAAGUCUCAAUUCCCGACCUGGCACGUGGAACCCGAUUAUUGGUGGUUUGAACCAAAUGGAGCCUUCGGCAUAUACAUACGGAAGUUUCCCAGGUUUCAAUAAGUUGAAUUUCCCCCCUUUAAUGUUGAUUUCUUUGCGGCAUGGUAUUGUUCUAUCCAGUCUUGUGGAAAUUGGGACUUCUAUACAAAAAUAUGCAGAAUCAUUAUUCGCCAUGGUGAUGAAUGGGGUGAGAAUAUGACUUGCUGGCACGAAAACAGAAAACACUAUCACCUCUAA